UAGACUGAACCCUGGACCCUAGCUACAGUAUAUAAGGGGACAAUUUAGAGCCUUCCUGUUGGCCAGAUAAGUCACAUGUUCACCUCUGCAUACUCCCCGUGACAACAAGGUCCUUGACAACAGGUUUCUUAAGAGAGACAGAGGCACCUGGAGGAUAUCACACACUGAGCUGUAUCUUUAAAGAGGGGGGAAACACUUGCCACCCACCAAGCAGAAAUGUGAAAUCUGAGAAUGGAGGCAUCAGGAAAAGCUAUUGGGAUACAAGAGGAAGGAGAAGGGAAUUCUCACACACACACAAAGAAAACCUGUGGGGGGGACACAGCAGCCUCACAGCUCCAUAGGAAGGAGGCUGCGGAUGACAAGGACACGGUCACAUCCAGCCAAUCUAUAUAGGUUAUCGCUCGUUAUAUGACGUUGUCUCCAGCCUGGAUUCUCGCGUCCUCCUGUCCUCGUCAUCGGAGAAACUCGUUGCCUCUAAAAUUUGGAUGGACAUAACUGGGGCAUCCGGCCACACGAGUCUGCGGACAGCGCUGCUGCUCUCAGCUUUCAGCACAAAAUCCUGCCUUGCACACUGUGGAGUAGACUGCAAAUCCUAUUGUUGUGAUGGGACGCCUCCUUACUGUUGCUCCUACUAUGCAUACAUUGGAAAUGUCCUCUCGGGCACAGCGAUAGCUGGAAUAGUGUUUGGAAUUGUCUUCAUCAUGGGAGUGAUCGCAGGAAUUGCUAUAUGUAUCUGCAUGUGUAUGAAGAGCAGCCGAGGGACUCGCGUAGGGGUAAUAAGGGCGACACAUAUCAACGCCAUCAGUUCUUACUCAGUAUCGCCACCACCAUACAGCUAUGAAUAUGAAAUGGAGUAUCCUCUGGACCUACCUCCUCCAUACACUCCAACUCCCCCAGUGCCUCUACAGUAUCCUGCUCCUCCUCCAUAUCCUGGACCACCAAGAAAAUAACAAGCUGAGACUGGACGCCUCCACAGAAAUGUUUUAAGAUGGUAACCCAAGAUUAGGAAAAAUGGUCAGCAUCUUUUCCAUAAGCAGCACCUCUCUUGUCUAUUGGUUUUGCAUUGCAGAACAGCAUUCAACUAAAUAGGCAUGAGCUGCAAUACCAGGCUUCAUCCACGAACAAGGGUGGUGCUGUUUCCCUUUAUCUUAGACCAUUUUUUCAAAUUUUGGACAUUUUAUUUAAAGACCAAUAAAAAGAUGCAUAGGAAUAAAGAAGAAAGUCUUCCACCCUGUGCUGUAUCUGCAAUAAUUGCAAUAAUCUCCAAAUUUUCCAGCCUUAUAUCCUGAAGUGCUUGAAUUCUGAUCUUAUGGACCUUCUGCAAUAUCUACGCCAUAUUUUAAAUACCUUAUUUAUUUUUCUGUGCAUUGUAUUUGUGAAAAUUUCUAAGACUUUAAGAAAACCUAGAAAAUAAAAAAGUGCCAAUGUUUUCUUAUGAAACAGUAUUACUUUAUGUGGACUGUGUAUUAUGGACAGAUAUACAAUUUUAA